AUGGAGAAGAUUACCGACAAGAUCGCGGCGCUGCCCGCGGGCAGCGACUACUUCUCGCUCGAGUUCUUCCCUCCCAAGACUGCCAUGGGCUUCGCCAACCUGCGCAGCCGUCUAGAUCGCAUGGCGCGAGCUCUGCGUCCCCUGUUUGUUAAUGUCACAUGGGGCGCCGGCGGCUCUACAGCAACAAAGUCCCUUGAACUGGCUGAAAUCUGCCAGCGCGAGCUCGGGUUGACGACCUGUCUCCAUCUCACCUGCACCAACAUGAGCCGCCAUCUCAUCGACAAAGCUCUUGACGAUGCGAAAGCCCUUGGCAUCUGCAACAUUCUUGCCCUCCGGGGCGAUCCUCCACGGCGAUCCGAGUAUCAAGAUUUGACUGACCCAGAUGCGGACGGCGAGGAGUUCAACUGGGCUGUCGAUCUGAUCCGCUACAUCCGCAAGAGGCAUGGCGACUAUUUCUGCAUCGGCGUAGCCGCCUAUCCCGAAGGACAUGCUGAUGAAAGCCACCCGCUUGGCCAGAGCCUGGAACACGACCUGCCCUAUCUGGUCGAGAAGGUCCGGGCUGGCGCCGACUUCAUUAUGACCCAGUUGUUUUUCGACAUUGAUGCUUACGGGCGUUUCGAAGAAACACUGCGUAGCCACCCGAGUGGCGCUUUUAAGAACAUCCCCAUCAUACCGGGUCUGAUGCCCAUUCAGAGCUACCAGAUGAUCAAGCGCACCACCAAGCUCAGUCAUGCCAAGAUUCCCGAGUCUAUGUCUGCCCGCCUGGACGCCGUCAAAACCGAUGACGAGAAAGUCAAGGCGGUAGGCGUCGACAUUCUCAGCGAACUUGUCGAGCAGAUUAGGGAGAUCAAGAGUAGGACCGCGGCAGAACAGCCGCGUGGCUUCCAUUUUUACACUCUGAAUCUCGAGAAGGCUGUCACCUUUAUCGUCGAGCGUACCGGUCUCCUGACCCCCGUUACUCCAUCCGAAGAGAACGAAAGCGCGAUCGAUCUGAACCCGCUUCCAGAAAUAAACCUCCUCCGUGUCGAUGUCAACGGUGCCAACGCAGCUCAGGCUGAUCUGCGUCGUAGGAAGGCCUCGAUCGGCUCUGACCCCCACGAUCGUGUUAUCGUUCCCGGUCGCUCACCCUCACAUCCUGACUACGAAGCAACUGCGCUGGAAGCAUCUUUGCCAGCGGAGCCCAUCAACACACGCGCUAACACACUUGCCAUCUCUGAGGGCGAGGGCGUUCUUGGCCGCGAAGCCACCUGGGAUGACUUUCCUAAUGGUCGUUGGGGAGAUGCUCGCUCGCCCGCCUACGGUCAGAUCGACGGCUACGGCGUCAGCCUGCACGUAACCGUCCCGAAGGCUUUGCAGUUGUGGGGCCGGCCAACCACAGUCCAGGAAGUUAACGACAUCAUGAUCCGACACCUGCGUGGAGAGCUCGAGACGAUCCCCUGGAGCGAGGAAAGCUUUUCCCCAGAAACGGACAAGAUUCGUGAGCGACUGAUUGCCUUAAACGCAAAGGGUUGGUGGACGCUUGCCAGUCAGCCGGCCGUCAAUGGCUUACGGUCCACCGACGAGACCUUUGGCUGGGGCCCGCCCAACGGGUUCGUCUUCCAGAAGGCAUUUGUCGAGUUCUUCUGCCCGAGCAAGGACUGGACUGCUCUGCUCGAGAAACUGAGCAUCCCCGAGGUUCGCGAUGUUGUGUGCUUCUAUGCGACGAACUUGAGAGGCGACUUCAUCAGCUCGGAUACCCUCCGCCAGGCCGAGCGACAGCAAUCCAAGCCUGAGCAAUCAGCGACAUCUCAAAUACCGAGGGAUCAGCAACAACCCGACGAAGUAGCCUCAACCAAUGCAGUCACCUGGGGUGUCUUCCCCGGCAAGGAGAUCGUCACUCCGACCAUCAUCGAGGAGGUAAGCUUCCGCGCAUGGAGCGAAGAAGCCUUUGCCAUCUGGGGAGAAUGGGUCAAGAUCUACGAACGCGGUUCUGAGACGGCCAAGUUCUUAGAGAGCCUGCGCCGCGACUGCUGGUUGGUAAACGUGAUACAUCAUGAUUAUGUUGAUGCGGAGGCGUUGUGGGAGUUGUUACUUGGGUGA